GCGAGACGGGGUGACAGCGGCGUGUUUACGGACUUGUUUUAGUGUAUUCUAUUUAACAAACGCGUUCGUGUACUUUUGAUUUCUGUUGUCUUUGUAAAAUCGUACUUCUCAAGCCGCGCCGGCACGAAGAGCUGGGUCCUCAGGCAGCCGGGCGGUUGACAACAGAAAAGCAGACAGACGUCCUGCGGAGGUCCGAGCCGAGGUGUCAUCAGCGGUCCUCACGACAGCCAACGCCGCGACGCCUUCGCCGGGUCCACCGGGCAGGAGCCUUCGAGCGGCCGCCGUUGGAAAUAGACAAAUCUCCGGCGGCAGCCCGGCCCAGGGCCACUACGCCGGGCCGCCCCGCCGCCAAUCCCCAGUCACGGGGACGGAUAUUUGCCUUUUUCUUGAAAUGACACGCGUCAACAAGACGUUUAAAAGGGCGACUAGGGCCUCGCCGGUCCGUCUCGGCUGGUCUCAUCUCCGGGGCGCGCGCUGCCUUUCUCCGCCUCGUCUUCACGUUGGCCGCGGAGGUCCUCCCCCUGCGGCGCUGGGCGGAGUUUCAUCCCGGACCAGACGCUCCUUUUGUCGGAUCGCUUUGGAGCAGACUCCCCGGGGCUUCAGGCACAAAGAAAGGGCACUUUGGAUGCAAGGACGGCCACCGAACCGCCACACGGUGUUCAGGAGCGUGCGGACUGGCCACCGGAACCUCGAGUGGAGGGGGCGGAGUCAGCUCGACCAGACGCCGAGCAAUGAACGGCGGCGGUGGCGUCUCCGCGCCUCAGAGUGGCAGACUGAAGAUCGGCACAGACGAGUGGUGUCAAGAGGAUUGUUUGACUCUUCUGGAGAGAAUUCGCAGCCUGCUUCCUGACGGCGACGCCAUGAAGUACAAAACUACAGAGUCGCACUUCGACUGGGACAAAGUGGGCUUCGGUAGCUUCACGGGGGAAAUGUGCCGCCAGAAGUGGAGCAAAGUGUCCACCGAGGUGCGCAAGUACAGAACCAUGACGGAGCUCAUCAUGGAUGCCAUCGAGUUUGUCAAAAAUCCUUACAAAGGCAAGAAGAUCAAGACGCACCCAGAUUUUCCCAAGAAGCCCUUGACGCCAUACUUCCGCUUUUUCAUGGAGAAGCGAGCCAAGUAUGCCAAAAUCCACCCGGAAAUGAGCAACUUGGACCUGACCAAGAUUCUGUCUAAGAAGUACAAGGAGCUUCCUGACAAGAAAAAGCAAAAAUACGUGGCCGAAUUCCAGAGCGAGAAAGAAGCUUUUGAGAAGAAUAUGGCCCGAUUCAAACACGAUCACCCCGAGCUGAUGGAGGAGAGGAAAAAGUCUGACCUGCCCGAGAAACCCAAAACUCCCCAGCAGCUUUGGUACAACCACGAGAAGAAGAGCUACCUGAAGAUCCACCCCGAGGUGAGUCAGAAGGAGCUGAAGGAGGUCUUGAGGAGACAAUGGUCGCAGCUGUCAGACAAGAGGAGACUAAAGUGGAUCAGCAAAGCGCUGGAGCUGCAGAAAGACUACGAGGACAGCAUGCGGGCCUAUCACCAAGCUCACCCAGACGUCGGCUCUGAAGAUCACGUGCGCUCCGUCCUCACCAAAGCGGAACGGCAACUCAAGGACAAGUUUGAUGGGCGGCCAACCAAACCUCCACCUAACGGCUACUCGUUGUACUGCGCCGAGCUUAUGGUCAACAUGAAGGACGUCCCUAGUACGGAGCGCAUGGUUCUAUGCAGCAAACGCUGGAAAAUGAUGACGCAGAAGGAGAAGGACAUGUUUCAGAAGCGCUGCGAGCAGGUCGGGGAGCGCCGCCCGGCCAGCUUGUCUUUGACAUUGACAUUUGUCUUUCCUCAGAGGAAGAAGCAGUACGACGUGGAUCUACAGCGCUUCCUCGAGGUACACGGUAAAAAAAGCACGUCUGGGGACAUAAGAUGCUUGACGCAUUUCUCACAGAGCCUUCCUGAAGAAGAGCGAGACCGUGUGGUGACUGAGGAGAAGCUGGGUGGAGCCCGAGUUCCGUCGUGCGCAGUCUCCAGUCCGCACAGAGCCAAAUCGCCACCAGUCAAGCUCCAAAAAAACGAGGAGCCUGAACUUUGGGCUCCCCAGGGCGCCAGGGAGCGGCGCGACCCCAAGAAGAGCGGCAAACUUCCCGACACACCCAAAACAGCAGAGGAGAUGUGGCAACACAGCGUCGCCGCCGACUUUCUGAGUAAAUGCAGAAGCGACCGGCGGAGAGCGCAGGUGGCCAUGGAGGAUGCAUGGAAGGCUAUGGAGAAGAAGGAAAAGAUUCCUUGGAUCAAGAAGGCCGCAGAGGACCAGAAGAGAUACGAGAGAGAGCUGAUGGACCGCAGGCCGGGUCAGAAGAAGCCCAAGUUUGACGGAGAACCCAAAAAACCUCCAGUGAGCGGCUAUCAGAUGUUCUCCCAGGAGUUGCUGACCAAUGGGGAGCUUAACCACUUCAGCCUGAAGGAACGAAUGGUUGAGAUUGGCAAGCGUUGGCACACUCUUACAGCCAAUCAGAAGGAUGCUUAUAAGAAGCACGUGGACGCCACGCAGGCGCGGUACCGUGCGCUGCUGGACACCUGGCUCAAGUCUUUAUCCCCUCAGGAUCGCGCCGCCUAUAAGGAGUUCUCCACGUCGAAGCGUCGCAGUACGUCCAAAGCCAGUGGCGGCCCCGCUGCCAAAGUGCCGGCUAAGAGCAAAGCGGUGGCGACUGUUAAGACGGCGCCCCCAGUGACUGGCGCGACCAAGCGAGCGAUGGCGUACCGUGCCAAGCAAGACAUGGUGUCCGACUCGGAUGAUGACAAAAGCGACUCGUCGGAUUCUGAUGACGAUGAUGACGAGGACACGUCCGGGAGUAGCGACAGCGAAGACGACGACGAGCACGACGAUGAAGACGAGGACGAUGACGAACAGACGUCUUCUGAGCAAUCCAGUGACUCGGACUAGCACCGCCUCCUCUUUGUGGGCGGUUUUGUUUUGGUGCCAUCAACGGUGAUAGACGUCCAAUCAUGUUGGUCUUAAACUCAUUUCAUUUAAUAGAGUUAACACUAAACCUCCAAAUGGACAUCGAUUACCGUCAAUGGCAGCCAAUGAGUUAACCAGACAUGUGGGCGGGGUUUGUACAGGAAUGGAUACAGAAUAAGAAAUAAAAGCACUUUUUCUCCUUU